AUUUCAUUCGUCAUUCAAUCAAAUCAAUGUCGCCGAUAUCGUAGUCCCGGUAUGUGGAAAAGUUGAAAAUUGAAAUAGGUUUUGUGUGGAUAUAACAAUUAGUAAAUAUAAUCAUUCGAAAAGAAACAUAUACUACCUUUCAACUUAUCAAGUUCUAAGUAAAAUUGCCAAGACGCUAAUCUAGUAUUACAUUAAGAAACGACAUGUUCAUCUUACAAUUUUCGCAGCAGUGAUUGGCGCCACACGACAAAACGUAUUUAUACGAACGUAUAAAAUUCAAGAGAAUUGAAAAUGUCUGUUAAACGACAAGCGACUACUGAAUUAAAUCAUGACAAUUGGGAUCAGGAUGAUCCUGCAGACCAUGAAGAAAUGGGAACGUUUAAAGUAGCUACUAAGGAUCAGCUUGAAAAACGUGUUAUCAGAACUGCAAAAAGACGAAGUACCCAACUCGGUGGAGACGAGCCCAAGAAAAGUGUCUUCAGUGGAUUCAGCGGCUUCAACAAAGCACAACCAUCAUCAUUUGAAUUUUUGUCCAAAUUGACCAGUAAUGGCCAGAAUGGCAAUAAUGACAGCAGCAGUGCAGCCAGUAAAGCAGAUUCUUCAGUGACAUCCAGUUUAUUUUCAAGUAAACCUCUUGCCAGUCCAAGCAGUGGUAUAUUUGGCAAUCAAUCAAACGCUACUCCUAGCAAAUCUCCGUUUGGAUCACCUGCAACACAGACAGGCUCAAGUUCUUUAUUUGGAAUACCUUCUCAAAAUACCAGUUCAUCUACAUUUAUUACAUCUAAAGCAGAUUCAACUGUCAAAGAUUCCCCAUUUAAAAUUCAAACUGUUACUAGUUCCACAGAUAAUUCUGACGCCACAACACCAACUUUAACCAAAACAUCAAAUUUAUCUGUUACUACCAUGAAAUUUGACAUUCCAUCUAGCAGUGCUAAUGUAACAAAAUCGUUAUUCUCUAACACACCCAAUUCUUCUUCACCCUUUAAAAUUCAAACAACAUCAAAUGCUACUUCUGCUACUACUACAACAAAGAACACUUUUGGCAUAUCAUCAAAACCAGAUUUAAAUUCAAUUCAAUCAGAAAAAAAAGCAGAUGAUACUAAGAAUGAUAAGAAAAUGAAAUAUUAUUCAAAAUUAAAAGGCUUAAAUGAAUCUGUAUCUGAAUGGAUAAACAAGCAUGUGGUACAAACUCCACUCUGCAUACUUACACCUAUAUUUAAGGAUUAUGAAAAGUAUUUAAAAGAAAUUGAAGAUGAAUACAAAGGUUCGGAUGAAGAAGUGAAUAAAAAUUCAAUUGCUGAAAAUAAAUCACUCUUUGGUAGUGAUGUUAAAAAACCGUCAAUUUUUGGUUUGCCCCCCAAAUCGGAUGCAGUUCCUGUUUUAACAACUCAAAGCAAUUCAUCACCAGAAAAACAGAGCUCAUUCUCCUUUGGUAUUGGAUCAAAUACUAAUACUUCAAGUACAAUCACAACCAGCUCUGCAGGAUUUUCUUUUGGAGCUAUUACAUCAAGCACAGCUAGUGCUGCUCCCUCUCCCUUCUCAUUUGCCACAUCUACAAGCACAACUGCAGCCAAUGGAACUGCUGCACCAUUUUCAUUUGGAAUUGGAAAGCCUUUUAGUUUUAAUUCUAAUAUUAAACAAAGCACGGAGACUACUGUAGAAGCCAAUGAAGAAGAUGACACACCACCUAAAGUUGAAUUUACACCUGUUGUAGAAGAGAAUUCGGUUUAUGAUAAACGUUGUAAAAUUUUUGUUAAAAAAGAUGGUAACUUUGUUGACAAAGGUGUUGGCACUCUGUACAUCAAGAAAAUUGAGGAAAGCGGGAAACACCAGCUUCUUGUCAGAGCUAAUACUAACCUGGGAACCAUUUUAAUUAAUUUGAUAUUGGUGUCUGCUAUUCCUACACAACGUAUGGGCAAAAAUAAUGUCAUGUUGGUAUGCAUACCCACUCCAGAAUCUAAGCCUCCUCCAACACCAAUCUUAAUCCGAGUGAAGACUUCAGAAGAAGCUGAUGAACUACUACAAACUUUAGACAAAUAUAAAAAAUGAUUUUGUAUUAUACUGAUCUAAAUCUACUGAAAAUACUUUUUCUGUAUGUUCUACCUAUGGUUAAUUAUUAUAUUGUUUAAAUGAGUAGCAAGUCUAGAAUAGCAAAUUUUAUUCAGAUUAUGUUUUCCUUUUUUAAUUUAUAAAUAUUUUUCUACAUGCUAUUUUUAACACUGAAUCCAUAUUAUAUUUAAUCCAAGGUUGUAUUGAUAUUGAU